AGGCGAGUCACUUGGGAUAAGAAUAACAUACUAUGAAGCCUUUCUUACAUUCGCCAGGAGUUCCCUCGACUAUCGAGGUAUUGGAUAUCCGUAUCGGAAAGCCACUACUUCCACCGAAGCUGAUUCCUGGCCCUGACCUAAGUAACUGCCCGCACACGGUGAUCAAAGUUGGACUCUUAUCUACGACAGAGUCGUGGAUAGUUGACACAGCAGGGUGUCAGUAUGGAUUUCAGGAGGUUCUGGUUCCAUUCAACAAAUACAUUGCAGAUAAAGCAUGCCAAGUAGUAAGGGAGCCCACGAUAUAUAAUUGGACCGAAACGAAAGACCUGGAUUAUUUCUCCACGCUGCCUUUCAUGAACAAGUCACGAGCCCAAAAGCAGGAUCGGGAAGUGGAACGAAAGGCCCGGUUGCACUUUGCAGACUUUGUUGACAGACAUGUCAGCGCCGAUAUACUGGAUGGUUCUGCUUCGGAGUUUAGCAAUAAGCUUGACAGUUUGGUUGAUAGGUUGAAGAUACACAUGCUGAGUUUUGGGGGAUCUCAAAAUGGAACUCAGGCUUGAUAGUUAUGCCUUUUAUACGGCUUUCGGAUCACUUUGAAACAGUAAUUCAGAUAUAUGCUACUUUACUGGCCUAAUGACUUGGGGCUUAAUGACAGAUUGGGAUUGGAUGGUUGUAUAUGCACAAACUUUGGUAGAAAAUACUAUAUUAAAAACAAGUCUAAUACAAGAAUCAGUCAAUGCUGGCCA